CAGCAAGUACUAGAAAGCAUAUAUCGACCAUAAGUAGAAUCAUUAGUUCAAAGUCUUCCCAACCAUAUCAGCAUUGUAGUAGUAAAAAAUGAAGAAAGUAGCAGAGCUGGUCUUCAUCCCUGGGCCCGCAGUCGGUCACCUAGCAUCGGCAGUGGAGAUGGCCAACCUCCUCAUCGGCGGCGACGAACGGCUCUUCAUUACAGUAAUCGUAAUGAAGGGGCCCUUUGACACCAAGACCAGUAUUCAUACCCAACCAAUGUCUGAAGACCCGAACUCACGCAUACGUUUCGUGGAACUUUCUUACCAAGAAUCAAAGCCCGGUGUCCACUUAAUUACCACCCUUACAGAAAACAACAAGACUCGAGUGAGAGAUGUUGCUGCCGGAAUCCAAACCAAUAGACUUGCUGGGUUUGUUGUUGACAUGCUCUGCAGCUGCAUGAUCGAUGUGGCUGAUGAGUUGGGGGUCCCAUCCUACGUCUACUUCACAUCUGGUGCUGGUUUUCUUGGCCUCAUGUUCCAUCUCCAGUCCAUCCACGAUGAUCAAAACAUAGACAUUACUCAGUUCAAGGACUCGGAAACAGAGUUGUCAAUUCCAUGUUUUGCGAAUUCUGUUCCGUCUAAGGUCUUGCCAUCGAUGGUGCUGUAUAACCAAGAUGAGUGCAGCCUGUUCAUAGCAAUUGCCCGAAGGUUAAGACAGACUAAGGGCAUCAUGGUCAACACGUUCAUGGAGCUAGAAUCCCAUGCAGUGAAGUCCCUAUCGGACGGUAAGACCCCGCCAGUCUACCCAGUCGGACCCAUACUCAACCUCAAGAGUGGUGAGAGGAGCCACCAAUCCGAUGCUAUCAUGAGCUGGCUCGAUGAUCAGCCACCAUUGUCGGUGGUGUUCUUGUGCUUCGGGAGUAUGGGAAGCUUCGGUAAGGAACAGUUGAAAGAGAUUGCGGAUGCACUAGAGUGCAGUGGCUACCGUUUCUUGUGGUCCCUGCGUCAGCCUCCACCAAAGGGAAAGGUAGAGCUUCCAAAAGAAUAUGAGAAUCCGCAAGAAGUCCUGCCAGAGGGAUUCUUGGAACGGAUGGCAGGGAUGGGAAAAGUGAUUGGUUGGGCGCCACAAGUGGCAGUGCUGUCACACCCGGCAGUGGGAGGGUUUGUGUCACACUGCGGGUGGAAUUCUACACUGGAGAGCAUGUGGUGCGGAGUGCCCAUGGCAGCAUGGCCUCAGUAUGCAGAGCAGCAAAUGAAUGCUUUUGAAAUUGUGAGAGAGUUGGGAGUAGCAGUGGAGAUCAAGAUGGACUACAGGAAAGAUACAAGAAGAGAAAUAAAUCCAGUGCCCUUGACAGCGGAGGAGAUAGAGACCGGGAUAAGAAAAGUUAUGAGGGAUGAUGGGGAAAUUAGAAAGAAGGUGAAUGAGAUGAAAGAGAAAAGCAGAGAAGCCAUGAUGGAGGGUGGGUCAUCCUACAAUUCUUUGGGACGUCUGAUCGAGGAUGUGAUUAAAAAUAUGGAUUUCCACUCUUAAAAAUCUGAAUAAAGGAUGCCUCUCAGUGCACGUAUACUUUUCCACAAACUAUGGCGGUCUUCACUUAUUUUCAACCGGAUACAGGUUCUCCAUGAGCUGCAUGUGAACUAAAUCAAAACAGGAAGUCAGAUCUUUAAUGAGCUAUCAAAUGCAUCUAUUUUGUUUUAAUGAAAAAUGAUAUUUACAUUGGCUGUUA